AUAAGACAUACAGGUUACCACAUGUAGUCAGAAAACAUUGGUUCAGAGAACAAGUUGGAACUCACAACAAGGACCAAGGACUAGAAACAAGACGUUAGUACCUACUAUCUACUAUCUACAAACUACAAAACAGCCAACUACAAACCUAUUCAUCCAGAUCUAACUACAAAGACAAUAUGGAAUUUGAGUCAAACUGCAGUCUAAUGAAGAACACCUCUGCCAGUGUAGCAUGGAGCUCCAAACUGCCUCAGGGUCUGGAUGUGGAGAUAUCCCAUCACCCCAUCACCCUGCGCUGUGUGGCCAACCUCAUCAUCGCCAUGGAGAGGCUAAAUGGUGGCAAGGGGUUUGCCCUGGGAAGAGAUGAGAGCCUGUUAAAUUUCUUGCUAGAGAGCGCAGUGGAAGUGUUGGAGUUGGAGUCGGAGCGCACUGAAGCCAGCAGCAGAGCUGCGUUCAGCAGUAAAGGAGAGUAUGAGUGUAGUGUCACUGACUCUGAGAAUAAGUGCUGGGUGCUCAACGAAGGGUCUAUGGAGCUGCAUGCUAUGAUGCUGCAGGGAGGCAGCAGCUACCAUAAAGUGCAUUUGAACCUGUCUACGUACAUCACGCCUGUCCCCAGUGAGACUAAAGCAAGACCUGUAGCCCUGGGCAUCAAGGGAUCCAACCUCUACCUAUCCUGCAUCACAUCAGAAGGCACGCCCACCCUGCACCUAGAGGAGGUGGCAGACAAGGAGCAGCUGAAGUCCAUCAACCAUGAGAGCGACAUGGUGCGCUUCCUCUUCUACAAACAGGACACCGGAGUUGACAUCAGUACCCUGGAGUCUGCCCAUUACAGGAACUGGUUCAUCAGCACGGCCCUACAGCAGGACAACACCAAGAUGGUGAACAUGUGCCAGAGUGCAACUCCCAACCGCUUCACCACAUUCACUGUCCAGCGCCACAACUAAGGUGGGUGCCGAAACGGACACCACAGAUCUCUCAUAGAGAUCCUAUAUAAUUCAAUGUUAUUUUUUAUUUUUGUUGAACCUUUAUUUAACUAGGCAAUAGAGAUUCUAUAUGUGAUUCUAUAGGACCUUUGUGGUCAGGGCUGGAUUGUCACUGUCUGUACGUCUAAAGAUUAGGUGUAUGUUUGUAAGACACAAUAAUUUCUUCAGGUUGUAUGUAUGUGUGUGUGUGUGUGUGUGUGUGUGUGUGUGUGUGUGUGUGUGUGUGUGUGUGUGUGUGUGUGUGUGUGUGUGUGUACUACUAGAGCAAUUCACCAUUGUGGUGUAUUGACUUGGUCAAAUUUUACCACAAGAUGGCGCCGUUGAGUCAGAUUGUGGCAAGCGCCCAUGAUAUUUAUUAUACCGUAUUUAUUGCUGAAAGCCAAAAUGAACGUAUUGCUUACUGUAAUUACAUUUCUACUAAUCAUAAUAUUGAUCUACUAUUUAUUCAUGUAUUUAUAUUUCAGUGAUUAUACUUAUUUAUUAUUGUAUUUAUUUGUCAAUAUGUUGAUGUUGCACUUAUUCAUUGAUGCAUGCAAACAUUUGAAUUGUCCUACAUAUGUGCUCUUUUGAAUAAAUAUUCAAAUGGAAAUUGA